UUUAAAUCUGUGUUCAUUUAUAUUAUUUUAAUUCCUUAUUAUUCCUAAAUUAAAAUAUUUUCAUAUAUUUUAAUCGUAUAGUAAUGAAGUUGUUUACAUAUACUGAUAAGUGUUAUCACACUGACGUUUCCAUUCAAUCUUAUGUAUUAUCUAACCUCAACAUACGAUUUAUUAAAGACAACUAAUAUUAAUUGAACUUUAAGUUAUUUUUACGAAAUUACGAUGGCUUAUGACUUAAAAAGGGAAGAAGAAGUUAAAGAAUAUAUAGAAAAUCUUGGUAUUGAGUACCGUUUUGGUUGUUAUAAAGAAAAAAAGCCAGAAGUGUGUCAUCUUCUCGGUGAUUACUUGGAAGCGAUCAAAAAAGAUUUUGAGAAGGCUGCAACAGUAUUUAAAAGCAAUUGCUUAGAUUAUAAUUUCGGUAAAUCUUGUUUAAAAUACGGUAACUAUGCAUUAGUGGGGCGAGGCAGUAUCAAAAGCAAUCCAAAUGAAGCGUUAUCGUAUUUUGAAAAAGGAUGUGAUUUAAAUGAACCUACAGCUUGUUUGCAUGCUGGUAUGCUAUUGACGGCUACAGGGCCCGGUAUCAGUGUGAAAAGGGAUGUCCCUAAAGGCUACAACUAUUUAAAAAGAAGUUGUGAUCAAAAGGAUGAUAUGGCAUGUCACUACCUCUCCGGAAUGUACCUCACAGGUGUACCAAAGAAUGUUUCGGAUUUCAACCCACACAACUCUGAGAAAAAUAAAAACAUAGAAUAUUUAAUAAAACCAGACAAAAAACAAGCAUACCAAUUUGCACUGAAGGGCUGUGAAUAUGGAAAUAUGUAUGCAUGUGCUAAUGUGAGCAUGAUGUUUAAAAAAGGUGAUGGGGUAGAGAAGAAUGAAGAAGAAUCCAAAAGAUAUUUUGCACUUGCACAAAGUUUACAAAAAGCGCAUGAAACUGCAAAAGAAUUAAAGUUCCAGCAAGGAUUAGAGAAAUAACUUAGAAAAUAAAUUAUUUAAUAUUGUUUUUAGUAAUAUAGAAUGCUAAGAAAUGAAUGUUACUGAGUAAUGAUUAUGCUGCUAUUGUUUGUAUAGAGUUCCAGAUGUAGAUAUGAAUUACAUGAUUGUUAAUAAAUUUAUUAUUUUAUUCAAAACCCUGAUUAUCUUGCAUUAACAAUACUGUGAAUAGAAUAGAAUGUUGGCACUUAUGUAGUGAAGAUAAGUAAUUAAUUGAGGAUUGAUUAUUAUAAAAAUUAAAGUUAUAUAAGUUGGUUUGAUUCCUGUCUAGCCUUGGUGGUGUGGCUGUUUAUCACAUUGUUUCACUUCAGAUGGUUUCAAGU